AUGUCUAUCAAGUCCCUUGUUGCUGAAAAUAAUUUAGGAGCGACCCCUAAAGCACCACGUCACGCCAACAGGCCUCGUUUUCGCUACUCUCUCGGACGAGGCGCCCAGCUUCCAGGAGUAUUUCCCGGACUUGGAGCCACUACUCCAGAGGGUGAACUUCACCAAGCUCCCCUACAGACACAGCAUCAAAUACGAGGGGCGAUUCAACUGGAAGACUAUGAAUGCCUGCAUUGCCAAUACACUCACCCGUCAUUCUCCGUAUACUACCCGCCAACCUCGUACGCGGUGCACAAUCAUCAGAACUUUUCGCAGCAUAUCGCAGAUCCGGAAAAGCCUGAUGAUGGUCUAUUCCUCUACUUCUUCCCCAAUUGCACUCUAAACGUCUAUGGUGGGGGAAUGUCCUCGUUCCGAGUAUGUCCAACAGAAGAUUCGAACGUGACGAGGAUGGAGUUUGACUACUAUCAUAUGGAGUCUGGCGAGAAGUUUGACGAAUACUUCAAAUUUGUGCGGCAGGUGGCCAUGGAAGACUAUGAACUAUGUGAGAAGGCUCAAAACAACCUCACCAAAGGCAUCUAUAGCGAAGGCAUCCUCAACCCAGAAAAGGAGAGCGGUGUUUCAUAUUAUCAAGGCCGGGUUUUCGAGCUCGUGUGUCAGCAGCACACAGCAGAGAGACGGGAAAGGGAAUUGGAAGAUGCAAAAGACGAUAGUCAGAAGAGGGGUCUGCAACGUAUCACAACAGCUGCAUAA